AUGCUCCUCGUAGGUUCGCUGUUGUCUCUCGUGAUAUCGAUACAAUAUGUAUGGGCCUUGAAGAUAACCUUUCCCUCCUCUCCAACGGCCGCUCAAAACAAUACCUUUCUGUGGAUGCGAGAGCAGGUUGAUCCAGGGACAGUCUGGUUGAGGAAGCAGAAGCUCGAUGCUGAUAUUGGUGCUACUCCAUGGUCUGAUGAUACCUUACAGUUGAAUUUGACAAAAUCGACCGGGAGCGCCCAGAUUCAUUUCAACAGAGCUGGGCUGUUCUAUGUUGGGGCCUUCAAGACAGAUAUCAACCCAAGAACGGUCGGGGAUUCAAUAGCACCUAUCUCGAUGAAUCAGUUCACCGUAUCCGUGAAUCCGACCUCUGCUGGUGCCAUCAGUGGGACGUCGUCGACCCCACCACCUGUAUCAUCCACCUCUUCAGUUGCCAGCCCGUCAACUCCAACGCCAUUAAACGACAAAAAUGGAGCCAAACGACCCCACAAAGUUGCUGUGAUAGUUGGUCUAACUGUCGGAUUCAUAACCCUCGGCAUUAUCGGGGCUAUCAUCUUCUACCUCCGCUACAGACGCCGAAGGAAGGCCGAUAUGACGCCUCCGAUUGUGACACCCUUUUCAGAUACAACGGUUUAUAGCGUAUCACGCACGGAUAUAAAGGAACGAAAGAGGCAGUUAAUUGGACAGAGAGAACGCCUUGAGCGUCAGUCACGGGUGGAUGAGCAAGCGCCUCAGACGUCUCCAGCCAACAAUCAAACUGACAAUACCGGAAUCGAUCAACUGAGAGACACCAUGCAAAACCUUCGUCGUCAGAUGGAUGUUGUAACACAGAGAAUGGCGACCUUGGAGGCAGGAACGGCACGGCCGCCAGAUUACAGCUCCGGAUUAGAAUAA